GACUCCCAACAGAAUCCAGAAAUGCGCUGACAACUCUGUCGCCAUUGCUGCCAAAACCCUCGGUCAUGGCGCGCUUAUCCCGAGUACAAAUCCAUCGCUUCCGCCGAGAGCCACGGCCAAGUGAGCCUGUUUCCGUUGUCCCAAUCGCCGCAUACGAGCAUCACUCCUACUCCUCGCUUCCACCCUGAGAUCUUUAAUUACUUUCGCAUGAGCCAUUGCGCUCUGGGGUAAUCUGCACCCACUUCCCAAUCCGUCUCAACGCUCGACCAUGGCGACUCUUACCCAAAUGGCAGCCUCUGCUCUCGACAUGCAGCAGGCCAGUUCCCCCUUGUACCGCGGAAAGGCGACCAGCGAACCCAAAGCCAAUGGCACGACCAACGGCACGACCAAGCGUGCUCGCGACACCAAAUACCGUCAUGUCUUUGCAACGCACUCGUCUUCCCGUACCUCAUGUCUCAGCCAAGAUGCAGAUAAGGUUCCCAGCUUCGUCGGCUUCAGGAAUCUUAUGAUCCUGGUUCUUAUUGUCUCCAACUUGCGAUUGAUGAUUGUGAACCUGCAGAAGUAUGGUGUCCUCAUCUGCCUAUCAUGCCACGACUACCGUCGCUCCGACGUCAUCACCGGGUUGCUCCUAUACCUCCUCGUCCCUGCGCACCUCUUCGUAACCUACCUCAUCGAACUUGCCGCGGCCUGGCAGGCCAACCGAGCCUACGCCCGUAUAUCGCACGAACGUGACGAAGACACGCCCGCCAAAUACGCUGCUGCACUUCGCAGCUUCAACUCAACAUGGUAUAUCGUAGCCUUCUUCCAUAGCAUCAACGCAGUCGCAAAUCUCUAUAUUGCGACCAAGUACGUCUAUUACGACAUAUACCACCCCGGUAUUGGCACGCUCUGCGAAUUUCACGCCGUCAUCGUCUUCCUCAAGUGCGCUUCGUACGCGCUCACAAACCGCGAUCUUCGCCAUGCCUACCUGCACCCCAAGCAAGCCGAUCCCCUACCGGAACUAUACAAAGCAUGUCCAUACCCGCAAAACAUCAACAUGAAGAACCUAUGCUACUUCUGGUGGGCACCAACCCUUGUCUACCAACCCGUCUAUCCUCGAACCGAUAAGAUUCGCUGGGACUUCGUCCUUAAGCGCCUCGCCGAGCUCGCAGGUCUUAGCAUUGUCAUCUGGAUCGCAUCUGCCCAAUACGCUGCGCCCCUGCUACAGAACUCGCUCGACAAGAUCCUUACCUUGAAUUUCACAUCCAUUGCCGAACGCGUCAUGAAGCUAUCCACCAUCAGCGUCUUCUGCUGGCUCUGUGGCUUCUUCGCCCUCUUCCAAUCCGCCCUCAACGCCCUCGCAGAAGUAAUGCGUUUCGGUGACCGAGAAUUUUACGGCGACUGGUGGAACGUGUCUUCCAUCCGUACAUACUGGACGACUUGGAAUAAGCCCGUAACAAACUUCAUGCGUCGCCACAUCUACUCGCCCCUUGUUGGCCGCGGUGUGCCUCCCGCAGUAGCCCAGAUCCUCGUCUUUCUCUUCUCGGGUAUCUUACACGAACUUCUCGUCGGCGUUCCCACCCACAACGUCAUUGGUGUCGCAUUUGCUGGCAUGAUGUUCCAAAUCCCGCUUAUCGCACUUACCGACGUAAUCCAAAAGGUCAAGUGCAUCCAAGGCAAGGUUGCGGGUAACAUGAUCUUUUGGAUGAGCUUUUGCUUAGUUGGACAGCCACUUGCUGCGUUGCUUUAUUUCUUUGCUUGGCAGGCGAAAUACGGAAGCGUAAGUAAGAGUGUGGGGGAGAGUGCUGUUAAUAUGUUCUAUCGGCGAUAGAGUACUAUUCUUUUUGUGCUUGUCUCUGAUGGGAUUGUGUUUGUGGAUGUUCACAUGAUCUUUUUCGAUAAAAAUAACACUUUUCUUGUCUGAAUUGGCGUGUUGAAUCACCAACCACAGUUUGCUGACUCAGAAUCCAAUAUCCAGCAAGCCUGCCUUGGCUCUCCUCAGCAUCCUCUUCACUUCUCUGCUCAACAACCCCUGAACCCUCUCAAUCCACAAGCCGUGGAUACCUCGCUCAGUGCCCACUUCUGAAAAUCUACUCAGCAUCUUCACUACCUCUACUUUCUCCCCACCGCCCCACUUCAUCACUACCUCGCUCGCACAGAAAAUCCGCAUUCCUAGUGUAAAAACCUCAGCUUUUGUACUCCAUCCUAGUGCACCGUCACC